CAUUUGGCACAUCGAGCUGUCAUCCUGACAGCUCUAGUUUGUCGAUCUUGUAAUUAGUAUUUAUGAUUUAUUCCUUAUCAUACUUUAACAAUCCGUUAUAAUUUUAAUUUCUAUACAAUUUAGUUAAACCAUGGCUAGCCCAAGGACACGUCGUUUUUUACAAGAACUCAAACCGCAUAAUGAAAAUGAUAAAUGCUUUGAAUGUGGGACACAUAAUCCUCAAUGGGUGUCUGUAACAUAUGGGAUAUGGAUAUGUUUGGAAUGCUCAGGAAAACAUCGCGGAUUAGGGGUACAUCUUUCAUUUGUAAGAUCUGUGACUAUGGAUAAAUGGAAGGAUAUAGAAUUAGAUAAAAUGAAAGUCGGGGGAAAUAGAAAUGCUAGAGUAUUUUUUGAGGCUCAACCAGAUUAUGAUGACAGCAUGACUAUUCAACAGAAAUACAACACUAAAGCAGCUGCACUUUAUAGAGACAAGAUUUCCACUUUAGCCCAGGGUAAGCCAUGGGAUGAAAAGAAAAGUCCAGCACAAAAUUAUACUGGUGGUUUAGUUAGUUCCUCCAAUCAAAGUUAUAGCUCAAACAGCAAUUAUUCCAAUUCUUCCAAUACAUACCAGUCCUACAAUAAUUCUGAAAGUUAUCAAGGAGGCUAUCAGAAUUAUAACUCUACAGAGUUCAAAGACCAAAAGGAAGCCUUCUUUGCCAAAAGACAAGCUGAAAAUGCCAUGCGAAGAGAUGAUUUGCCACCAAGUCAAGGUGGAAAAUAUGGAGGUUUUGGUUAUACAAAAGAAGCUCCUCCAAGAAGUCAAUCUCAAGAAUUUGUUGACACUGCCAUGUCUUCUUUAGCUAGUGGUUGGUCAUUUCUGUCAAGUUCUGCAACCAAAAUUGCUAGUAAAGCAACUGAAAAUGCUGUGAAGUAUGGAGGAAUUGCCAGUCAGAAGGUAGUUGAUAUAAGCUCUCAUGUAGGGGAAAAGGUUAAAGAAGGUAAAUUAAUAGAGGACGUUGGAAGUCAAGUUUCUACCUUAGCCAACAAGUUAGGAGAAAUGGGAAGAAAAGGAUGGAAAGAAGUAAGCGGCACAAACACAGGAGGAGACUAUAGUCCUAGUGGUUAUGGCCAAGUGGGAGGUGAAAACUAUCAAUCUCCAGGUGAGAGGUCAUCUCUUGUUAGCAGCAGUAAUGGAUAUGUACGUGAAGAAGAUUGGAGCUGCAGUAGCCAACAGGGUUCAAAGGCGUCAAGUCCAAAAAGUCCUAAUCAAAACUGGGAUGGCAGCUGGGGGUACCAGAAUGAUAGCCAAGGUUAUCAGUCCGAUAGCAGGGAUUUCGCCAGCAGCAAUGCUACAACUCCAUCAGACAUGAGCCACAAAUCUAGUAAAAAGGAAAAAAAAUCCAAGGAACAAAAGAAAAAUACUUGGGACGAUAAGUGGGGCGAUGAUGAAUUGUGGGAAAGUCUAAAUAAGUAAACAUUUAAACGUUGUAUUAUGGCGUCAGCAAUGCAUUUUAUACUUUUUAUUAUGAUUUUAAGGUCUUGUAUCUGUUCGAUUUUUAUUAACAAUUGUACUUAUUUAUAACCAUUGCUAUUUAAGUUCAUGAGAUUCUUGCUUGUAUUGUUUAAUAUGAUGGAAAUUGAUUAGAUUUGCUGGUAAUUUUGUAAAUUUUGGUGAUUGCUUGCAAAUUUAUAUCAAUAUAAGAUAAUUGGGUAUAAAAUAUUAAUUAAAAUACCAUGUCCUUAUUAGAAAAGAUGUUAUAUAAUGUGAAUGUGUGUUAAGAAUAUUAUUUUAAUAACUUGAUAUAUAAUAUUUAUAUGCCUGUUAUAAAUUAAAAUUACCUAUUUGGGCUAAAUUUUUUAUCUGUUGGAGUUGCAUAUCAAGUUAUGUUAUAAUUACUUUAUGUCAAUUAUAAAUUCUAUUUUUUGACUAUCAAUUCUCAUUAGGUAAUUUGUAGAUAGUAGAUGAAUACAUAUUGUUGCAUGAAUGUAAAAUAUUAAAUUAUGAAAUAUACAUAUUAUUUUAAUGAUCAAAACAUAUGGUAUUUUACUGUAGCAAAUCGAAAAUCGUGUUAGUUAAUAA